CCUCCCUCCCUCCCUCCCUCCCGCCAGCCAGAGAGAGAAGCUGCGCAAGGAGGAGAUGCCGCCGCGGCCGCCUUGGCUCGGAGGCCCGGUCUGCCAUGGUGGCCUCCGGGCUAGGGAGACCCCACACCUUCGCCGGCGGCCCUAGAGCCCGCCCCCCGCCCCUUCUGGAUGCCGGGCCUGCCGCUUUCUGGGGCUCCCGCGGCCCCCUCCCUAUUGCCAGCUCUCCUCCUCCUCCUCCUCAGCCCUUGCCCUCCGGAGCCGCAGCCAUGAGCCCCUCCCUCCCUGGGCUGCUGCUGCUGCUGCUCCUCCUCCUCUUCUUCUUCUUCCCGGGGCCCUGAUCUCCCGGUGGCUCUGCUUGGGUCGCCUUGGGCCCCCCUCCUGCCCCUGAGCCGCCGAAGGAGCGAAAGGAAGGCCCGGCAGGCUGCGGAGGAAGGAGGAUGCCGCUCUUCAGGAAGGCGCGGCGGGUCUCUAACCGCUCCAUUUUCGCCUUCCUCUUCUUCUUCUCCUUCUCCUCCUCUUGCCUCUAUUUCAUCUAUGUGGCUCCUGGGAUAGCAAACACAUAUUUAUUUAUGGUACAGGCACGAGGUUUAAUGCUGAAAGAAAAUGUGAAGACAAUAGGACAUAUGAUCAGAUUGUACACUAAUAAAAAUACUACAGUUAAUGGUACAGAUUAUCCUGAAGCCAACAAUACAAGCGAUAGCCUUGCUCAAACUGUGAUGUACCUUCCUGAAAAUUUCACUUAUUCUCCUUUCCUACCUUGCCCAGAAAAGCUACCCUACAUGAGAGGCCUUAUUGAUGCCAAUAUGAGUGAAAUUAGUUUGGAUGAAAUUCAGCGGAUGUUUGCAAAAGAUUUAGACAUUGAACCAGGUGGUCACUGGAAGCCAAAAGAUUGUGAACCACGCUGGAAGGUUGCAAUAUUGAUACCUUUCCGCAAUCGCCAUGAACAUCUUCCAAUAUUUUUUCGACAUGUGAUACCAAUGUUACAAAAACAGAGGCUGGAAUUUGCUUUUUAUGUCGUUGAGCAGACUGGAGGCCAACCUUUUAACCGAGCAAUGCUUUUUAAUAUUGGCUUCAAAGAAGCCAUGAAGGAUGAUGAUUGGGACUGUAUAAUCUUUCAUGAUGUGGAUCACUUGCCUGAAAACGAUCGAAAUUAUUAUGGUUGUGGAGAAAUGCCACGUCAUUUUGCUGCAAAACUGGACAAAUAUAUGUACAUUCUUCCGUACAAUGAAUUCUUUGGUGGUGUAAGCGGACUAACGUCUGAGCAAUUCAAAAAAAUCAAUGGAUUUCCUAAUGCCUUUUGGGGAUGGGGUGGAGAGGAUGAUGAUCUUUGGAACAGGGUUCAUUACGGAGGGUACAAUGUAACAAGACCAGAAGGAGAACUAGGGAAGUAUAAAUCUAUUCCUCAUCACCACAGAGGAGAAGUUCAGUUCCUAGGACGCUAUAAACUCUUAAGAUAUUCCCGAGAACGCCAAUAUAUUGAUGGGUUGAACAAUCUGGUAUAUACGCCAACUAUUCUUGUCAUGAGAUUGUAUACAAAUAUAACUGUAAACCUUGUACCAGAACUAGCUCCUGUUGAAGAUUAUUGAUGAGGCUGCAGAAUGGACAUCUGGAUGAACAAAGUAUAUUAUUGAGAAAUAUGAAGUUAAAGUUUGAAGUGUCAUUUCUGAUAUCUCUAAUAACUUUUAAAAAGUGAAAUGAUUUUCUGACCAUAUGCCAUUUGAUUCAAAGAAAUCCUAGUGAAUGCUUCUUGAAAUGUUUACAUCAUGAAGCAAAAAAUGUUCAAACCUCAUUUUAUCAUGUUUCCUCAACUGAAACCAUGAAGCUUAGUAAUAGAAAACAAAUCUCUAGUUUAUUUAGAAGCCAAUAAAAACAUUAUCUCCUAAGGAAUAUGCAUUCAAUGAACUGCAAGAAAGCUGAAGGGUUUUAUAUUUUAUGUAAAUAUAUUGAUUAUAAAUCCAUGUGCUUUUGAAAACUAUAGCAGUCAUGGCUUCUGCAUGUGCUUCAUAGUAGUUCUGUUCAUUUUCUCCAGGAUUUUGUCAUGAUGCAUAAGCAGUGGAUUCUAGACAGAGAUGUUUGGUAAAUAAUGAAGGACCAAUUUAUAAGUGUUAAUUGGCUAUGAUUGUAAAUUGUUAAGCUAGUUUUGAGCUUUGGGCUUCCCACAUAGAUAUAUUACCUUCUGUAUAUAUGAUUUCACCGCCAACAUUUUGGAGUGAUAUUUUCAUUUUUAUUCUAUUUAUUACCAUGAGCAAUGCCAUGAUUCUCUUAUUAUUCUUGAAAUAAUAUUGUUUAUGCAUAUUGCAUGUAUAUUACAGGAUCCAAUCCAUAAAGGAUGUUGCAUUUCAUUAUGGUAUUUACAA